GGACCCGCGCGGAAGCCGGGCCGCAUAAGAGUUGGCCGCACGAUUGGGGCGGCUCUUUCCUGGGUGGGGUCUGUGAAGUCGUGGUCCGUUAGCAGGAAGCUGUGCAGUGGCUCCGACGCAAGAAGGAAACCCAAUCCAAGCCCCUGGCACCCUGAGUCCGAGCGUGUGUACUGUGUGCUCAGUGCUGCCCGACAGUUCUAGCUAAACUUAGCCAACUCCGCCGCCUUUGCCGCCACCAUGCCCAAGACGAUCAGUGUGCGUGUGACUACGAUGGAUGCAGAGCUAGAGUUUGCCAUCCAGCCCAACACCACUGGCAAGCAGCUGUUUGACCAGGUGGUGAAAACUAUUGGCCUGAGGGAAGUUUGGUUCUUUGGUCUGCAGUACCAAGACACUAAGGGUUUCUCCACUUGGCUGAAACUCAAUAAGAAGGUGACAGCCCAGGAUGUGCGGAAGGAAAGCCCUCUGCUCUUCAAGUUCCGGGCCAAGUUCUACCCUGAGGAUGUAUCCGAGGAAUUGAUCCAGGACAUCACCCAGCGCCUGUUUUUUCUGCAAGUGAAGGAGGGUAUUCUCAAUGAUGAUAUUUACUGCCCACCUGAGACAGCUGUGCUGUUGGCCUCUUAUGCUGUCCAGUCCAAAUAUGGUGACUUCAAUAAGGAGGUGCACAAGUCUGGUUACCUGGCAGGAGACAAACUGCUGCCACAGAGAGUGCUUGAGCAGCACAAACUCAACAAGGACCAGUGGGAAGAACGGAUCCAGGUUUGGCAUGAGGAACACCGAGGUAUGCUCAGAGAGGAUGCUGUCCUGGAAUAUCUGAAAAUUGCUCAAGACCUGGAGAUGUAUGGUGUGAACUACUUCAGCAUCAAGAACAAGAAAGGCUCAGAGCUAUGGCUGGGGGUAGAUGCCCUGGGUCUCAAUAUCUAUGAACAAAAUGACAGACUGACUCCCAAGAUAGGCUUCCCCUGGAGUGAAAACAGAAACAUCUCUUUCAAUGAUAAGAAAUUUGUCAUCAAGCCAAUUGAUAAAAAAGCCCCGGACUUUGUCUUCUAUGCUCCCCGGCUGCGGAUUAACAAGAGGAUCUUGGCCCUGUGCAUGGGGAACCAUGAACUAUACAUGCGCCGCCGUAAGCCUGACACCAUUGAGGUGCAGCAGAUGAAGGCACAGGCCCGGGAGGAGAAACACCAGAAGCAGAUGGAGCGUGCUCUGCUGGAGAAUGAGAAGAAGAAACGUGAAAUGGCAGAAAAGGAGAAGGAGAAGAUCGAACGAGAGAAGGAGGAACUGAUGGAGAGGCUGAAACAGAUUGAGGAACAGACUAAGAAGGCUCAACAAGAACUGGAAGAACAGACCCGCAGAGCCCUGGAGCUUGAGCAGGAAAGGAAGCGUGCCCAGAGUGAGGCUGAAAAGCUGGCCAGGGAGCGGGGAGAAGCUGAAGAGGCCAAGGAGGCCCUGUUGCAGGCUUCUCAGGACCAGAAGAAGACCCAGGAACAACUGGCCUUGGAGAUGGCAGAGCUGACAGCUCGGAUCUCCCAGCUGGAGAUGGCCCGACAGAAGAAGGAGAGUGAAGCUGUAGAAUGGCAGCAGAAGGCCCAGAUGGUACAAGAAGACUUGGAGAAGACCCGUGCUGAGCUGAAGACUGCCAUGAGUACGCCUCAUGUGACAGAACCUGCUGAGAAUGAACAGGAUGAGCAGGAUGAGAAUGGGGCAGAAGCCAGUGCAGACCUGAGGGCUGAUGCUAUGGCCAAGGACCGCAGUGAGGAGGAACGUACCACUGAGGCAGAGAAGAAUGAACGUGUGCAGAAGCACCUGAAGGCUCUCACUUCAGAGCUGGCCAAUGCCCGUGAUGAGUCCAAGAAGACUGCCAAUGACAUGAUCCAUGCUGAAAACAUGCGACUGGGCCGAGAUAAAUACAAGACUCUCCGCCAGAUCCGGCAGGGCAACACCAAGCAACGUAUUGAUGAGUUUGAGUCCAUGUAAUGGCCUCUAGGAACCCCUCCUCCCUUCUUCCUGCCCCCAUAUGCCUAUACACUUGCCUAACUCACACUGUGCUGGACCCACUAACUAAAGCAGCCCUAGUGUCAUGCCAAGCAUUCAGUGCAGCCAUGGGACCAAACCUAGCCCCUCAGUCCUGUUCACUUCCCUGGAUAGGUAAAUAGCCCACUAUGGUGCCAGUGGGACCCUCUUAACACUGUUCUGUCCCAUUUAAUCUUGCUUACUCGAGUAGACCACAUCCCCUGCUCAGAGGCAUUUUCCACUUUAUUUGGCAAACACCCCCACACUUAACUGUUGACUUAACAAGAGUUGAGUGUGGAUUCAAGUGAAAUUUAGUCCCCUUUCCCUCCCCCACCACUGCCUUCCUCUUCAGGGUCCUGUGAUUUGCAGGGCUAGAAUAUCACAGGGCUUAGGGAAGGAGGCAGGGUCCUGGCUGUCUGCUCUGAGAUGUCCACUGAUCUAGGAUUUGGCUACCCAGUGCCCAUCUCUUUUAGAAUUAUUUAGGCUUUUAAUGAUUAGAGUAAAAAGAGAUGUUUAGUCAUUCUUGUUUCUACCUCCCAGAUUGGGCUUGUUACAGACUCAGCACCUAUAAGCCUUUUCCCUGAGUUCAGGGAUUCAGUUUCUCCCCGUGGUGGAAUGGGGGACAUGGUGCCUUUAAGAGACUUCAAUAACAUCCUAGAAGGCCAUUAGUCCUUCUAUUUAGGUGGGACUAGGUGGAAGAUCCCAUUUCAGUGCCUUAUGGGAGCCCAGCCUGACUUAAGUGAUCUCUAUUGACAGAGGUACCCCUUACUUACUGCUCUAGGUCCCUGGUCCUUUCUCAGAAUCUUCCCUUCCUUCCUCCAAUCCCCAGAUUCCUACCAGCUACAACAGUAGGGACAAAUAACCAAAAGCCCAACUAGUCCUAAGAGUUUUACCAAAAAGGGGGAAAUGUUCACACCUGGUUUCAGUAUUUUUCCUGCCAGAGGUUCUAAGUCACCUGCCCCAUCAGAGCUCCUUAGGCUACAGCUUCUUUUUCACAGCUCUCCAGGCCUUGGUAUAGGGAUCCCUAGAGGCUCAAUGGGGAGUGGGUGGAAGAAGUUGAAUGUGGGGAGAGAAGUCCAUGCCCUGCUACCAUAGUUGACUUAAUCCUCUUGGAGGCCCAAUAGUCCCUCCUUAUCAUGCCCCUCUAAAGGUGAUGACUGGGCCCUGCAUCUGUUUGGCAAACCUAUAACCCAGCUAUGCUGUCCCUUAGAGCUAUAAACCAGAGAGCUACUGAGGAUUAUGGCCCAUUCCCCUCCAUACCCUGCCUGUGCUCUUAACGCAGGAGUAAUCUCCUCCUCUCUGUCUCAUGUGUACUUUUUCUUUCUACCAGUAUUAUAUAUUCUAGUGAUAUCUAACUCAAUAUUGAUUUCUGCCUGUUUUGCUAGUAUACCAUUAGAAAUAUUAGUCUUGGGGCAGGAUCAUUUGGCCUCAUUUCUCUACCACUCCCACACCUGGGAAGCAUAUGCUAUAUUAUAAAAGGAUAUUUUGCCAAAACGUUAAUGUAAAAAGCUUUCAGUAGUACUGAUGUCACCUGUCACUAUAGGUCAUACUAUCCAUUCUUAAAGUACUUGGUAUCUGGUUUUAUUGCUCCUGUUUGUGUUCUCCCCAGAGUUCAGUCCCCAAAGGGCUAUGCUGUCUCUCCAUGCAGUGCCCCCUCACCUCUUGCCUCUCUCAACACACCCUCACCCACCUGACCUUGGGGAGUCUUGUGUGCAUUGCUGUGAAUUAAAUUGACACUCAUUUGGUGUUAACAUCCUAUAUUGGCUAAAUUCAAACCUGAAAUUGUGGAGUAAUCUAGCUGCCUUACCCAACCCCUCCUGGAGACUGGGAAGAAAGGUUAGAUGUUAUAUUCAGGUUUUUAUUGUGUGUAUUUUUGGAGUUUGCAAAAAAACUUGUUUUUGGAGGGGCUUAUGCUCAACCCAUGUUCUAUUUCAGUGCCAAUAAAAUUUAGGAAGAUUUCACUGUGA